CGAACACGUUCCCUUAUAGAGGGCUCGAUGCCGCGCGGCAAUGAGGCCGUUGGACAAGCAUCGCUAAGUUGUUUUUGUUGGGGUCGAAUUUGUGUGUGUGUGUGUUUUUUUUUGUUGGAGUAGAGUAUUGCUUAGAGUACCUCAGGUCAGAAUUUGAAGUCGGAGCCCUGUUUUGUAAAGGAUCGAUUUAUGUGGGGGGAGUCGAAGGGUCAGAAUUCGUUGCGUCGUCAGUUUUGGCGGCACAACUGCGGGAUGGUUUGAAUCCCGGCCCUGAUUCGUUUCAGUGUUGGAUGACGGAUAUACGUAAUGUCGCCUGGUUUCAGUGCUUCAGUGGAAAGAUCGCUGCGUUUUGGACUUUCCUGAAGAAAGCGUCGAUGAGGUUUUUUCCAUGCCGAGAUCUUCACGUCUCCUGUUUCAUGACUAGAGAUGCUUUCCGGAUCUUGGCUUGGAUGAUUUUAGCCCAUAAUUGAUGUGCCUUCGAUUGGGUGCGUCAAGUCUCAUCACAUCACUAUCUUCAGCUGCCGGAAGAGAAGAUUGCGAGUACGUUGUCACACCAGAUGGCGGAGUUCGACAAUAAAACGUGCACCCGACUUGAGGUCCAAGAGUGCAUUGAGAACAGGAAUUUGAACAAGUCGUUGUUUGUGAAAAGUGAAUGGAAGCCGACGAGGCUCGACCCGAUGAGCUUCUUUCUUUUCGUCUCUGAUGGACAGCGAGCUUGGACGUUUGAUGGCUCCGAGUCGUUUGUGAAGGAGAGGGCUGAAGCUUGGGACAAGAAGCCCCGUUGGGUGAUGGAGAAGAUCCAAUUUUAUCUCAGUGUGGCACAACCUGGCGUAAAUUAUCGGUUUACUAAAAUUCGAGACCUUCACAGAAAGUUGUCUUUUGAUGUCCAAGACAAGGAAUCAGAUCUUUACCUAACAGCUAAUUUAUCAAUGCUGAGUGCGUCGGAUCCCGAACGCAUCACCUGCGACUUGCUGGAGUUUCUACACGACAGUAAUUGCCGACUGACGGAGAGCUUUCUAAAGAAGUGCAGGGAUUAUGAUAGGCUGCGAAGUGAAAGCGAAGUCCUCGUGGAACAAAAUAAGCGCUUUAAAGAUUUGAAAAGUCAGACUCAAGAAGUCAUGUACAAGAAGUUUGUGGCAGUCUUGAACAGCAAAAAGGCAAAAUUGAAGGAGCUGAAGAAGGAGCUUGAACAUUGUAAAGACAAGCAGAAUGUCAAUGAAAACAAUGAUAGAGGCGACACCACUAGUUCCAGCGACGACGAAGAAGACGAAAGCGACCACCAACUGCCAUCACCAUCAGAAAGGUUCGAGGGUGGUGAGAGAUCUGGUGAAAGGUUAAUCAGUUUGGACGCACGCAAACAAUGCCCCAUUGCCACCUCCGCUGCAAAUGUGGUUCAUGCUGAUCCAGACGCAACUCAACCCAUUUUGGACGAAAUUGAAAACGAUUUUCUGAUUCCUGAUUUGCCACCGAAGGACGAUGGUCGCAGCAGUGCGGUAUCGGCCUUGCUUCAAGACACACCCUACACGGGCUUACCUAGGAAACGGCGUCGAAAUUGAUGCCUUCUUGUGGAUAACUUCAUGAGAAAUCACAGGACCUUCAUCUCACGAAUAGAAGCUGAAGAUAUUCUUUGUAGGGUUUGGUAGGUCCAAGUGCUCCAGGGUACUCCAGGCUUGAAACUAUCAAAGCAGUGGAGAGAAACGUUGAUGACGUUCUGAUUCGUUACCUUUCAAAUCAUUUUGAACCACAAACAAAAUGGAGUGUUAGUGAAUUCACCUGGACCGCUAGUCUGAUGUGAAUUUUACA